AUGCCGAGGUUGUUGUCGAGAGGAGACCAGCGUCGUCGAGGACGUCUGCCUUGUACCGCUCGCACACACCGCCCUGCUGGACUGAACCGACUUCUGCCCGUCUGUACUGGCUACUACCAAGCUGCUGUCUGCCUCACGACCCUUACAACCACGAUGGACAAUCCCUGGGACGACCCGUCGCCCCCACUCGCAUCGCACUCGACCAUCUCGCCGCCGGAACCGCCACGGCUGUCUCUGGAGGCAGAAGAGGAGGAUACGGGACCGGCCUGGGGCGCAGAAUCGCCCAAGGUCGAGGCGGCGAAGCGGGAUGUCGAGCGAGGGUUCGAGGAGGACAAGGCGGGCGGCGACAACGAGCGGGAGGAGACACAGGGGCCAGAGAAUGAUGCAGAAGAAGCGCGGAAAACGAAUGCAGAGGCGCUGGACGACGAAGCGGCGCACGAACCCGCACGACCUUCAACUGCACCUCCCGCUCAAUCCGCAUCGCCCGAACCCGCUGCUCCCGCCCAUCCUGAGCCGCCAGUGGCCUCUACUACUCUGUCUACAACCCUACCUAUCCCGCACACGACCGACGCCCCGCCCAUGGACGACUUUGACGCACCCCCGAUGGACGAUUUCCCGGCAGACGACGACGAUGGCUUUGGUACGCCCGCCCAGGAAGGCGGCGACGACUUUGACGACUUUGGCGAGGUUGGAGAAGCGGAAGGAGACGACGACUUUGGUGACUUUGGCGAUUUUGGCGAUGCGGCACCGCUCGACGAGUCGGCGUUCGAGACGCCCACUCCUGCACCCUCACAACCUGUGCCCUCCCCAGCCCUCUCUCGUCAGCCCGUACUCGCCACCUUCCCGCCUCUUCGACUAGACCUAAGCGACAUCUCACGAAGAGCGAUCGCGCCGCAACUGCAGGAGUUCUUCCGCGACGCGUGGCCGCUUGCUGCUCAGGCCGUCAGCGACGAGCCCGAACGACAGGUCGAGGGUGUCGCACAGGUCCUGGUCACCGAGUCUUCACGGAAUCUCCUGGCGGACCUCUCGCAGCUCCCGGCGCUGAAACCGCUUGACUGGCGACGAUCGCGAGUACGGAGAGAACACCUCGGUUCGAUGGGUAUUGCUGUUCCUCCCGAAGACACCGCUGAGUUGCGGGUAUCGACACUCGGAGCGAGCUCGGCUUACGGCGCAUCCAUUGUCUCUCCCGCGCGACCGUCAUCCGCUCCGCCAGGCGGCACCGGCUCCCUCCCCUUCUCCUCCCCAAACCCCAACUCGCGCUCGUCCACUCCCUACGGCACCUCUCGCUCAUCCGCCUCUCGCUCAAAUCUCAUCGCCCCUGCACCAACCAUGAACCGUGCGCGAGCCGACGAGUUGAUGGGGAUCAAGGAGGACGACUUGACGUUGAUGAGUCUGGCCAAGUUGAGGGAGAUGAACGACGAGUUGGAUAGGAUCAGUGUCGAGGCGAGCGGGGUGUUGACCCAUGCGUUGAUGAUGCGUGAGAAGGAGGGGCAGGACAAGGAGGUUUACAACGGGAUGAUCCAGGACCUUGUCAUCGCCGCCGCCAAAAUGAAGACCUCGUCCUCGCUCUCGUCUUCGGCAGGCCAGGCGCCGAAGCGGUCAGGAAGCGGGCGGUGGAAGCUGAGCAGUUCGGUCAAGUAG